CUCCUGCUAUUGUCCCGUUCGCAUUCAUUUUCCCGGCAAUAUAUAGCGAACGGCUCGUAUUUUCUAGGGUUUUUCGUUUGAGAGUCGAGGAAGAGAAGCGCUGGUGCUGAAAAUUUCUGCAAGCGAUCGAAUAGAAAAACGAGAGCAAUGGCUUUCUGGGGCAUUGAGAUAACGCCUGGAAAAUCAUACACCCAUCAAUUCGAUGAAGCCCGUGGCAGGCUCCACGUUUCUCAGGCUGUGUUAGGCUCUGGAGCGUCGACUAAGAGGAGUGUUGUUCAGUGUAAUGUGGGGGAUAAAAGUCCUGUUCUUCUGUGCUCCUUGUUGCCUGAGAAGAUCGAGACUUGCCCAUUGGAUCUUGAAUUUGAGGAGGAUGAUGAGGUAGUUUUCUCUGUUGUCGGACCGACAAGCGUGCAUCUUACUGGUUACUAUUUGGGUACCGAUCAAUGUUUUGAUCAGCAUGGCGAAGAUUCUGAUUCUUCUUAUGGUGAGGAUAUUGCUGAGAUUGAUACUGAUCAGUCUAGUGAGUAUGACACCGAAGAUGAGCUCGAGGAUGAUUUCAUUGAUGACAGUGAUAUUGAUAUAUUUCCCUCUGCCGCUCGCCCAAAUAGUGGAGUUAAAAUUGAGGAGAUAGUCGAUGAUGAAAAACCUGCAAACGGCAAAUCUUCUAGAAAACACCUUACAGAGAAGAAUCAUCUUAGUGAGUCUGAUGAUGGUGAUGAUGAUUCCCAACUUCGAACUGUCGCCAAGGGCACUGGGGCCCCCGUGCUUGAAAGCGAAGAUGAAGAUGGUUUUCCACUUUCUCUCACUUCCAAAAGCAAAUCUGCUGUUAAGAAUGUAGAUGCAAAGGAGAAUUCGGAAAAAAAGACAGCUGAGGCUGGCAGGAAGAAGGAGAAGAAGGAGAAGAAGAAGAAGAAGAAGCAAGAGGAUAAUAGCGAUCAAGUUACAGGCUUGAAAAGGAAGAUUGAUGCCGUUGAUCAAGAUGGUGAACCAGAGAGCGGAGCUAAGCAGAUGGAUGAUUCCACAACACCAUCUGGUGAAGUUGCUGCUGAUAAGCGUGGGAAGUCAAAGAAGAAAAGGAAAGAAAAAGCUGAGAAAAAAAAUCCUGAAGUCGAAGCUAAUGUACCAACUUUAGAAACUGAGGAAAAGGAAACUGCAGAUCAAAAUGCAGCUAUAGAUGACAACAAGAGUGAUGCCCUAAAUGACCAGAAAUCACAGCUAGAGGACUCAAAGACAGAUAACAUGGACCAAGAUGUUGCUGUUGGGGAUGAACCAAAGGAGGACAUACCUCAUGCCAAGAGUCUUGUUGUCGAUGCAGACUCUGCUGCUGCCGAUAGUCAGAGUGUUGCUAAGAAGAAGAAGAAGAAGAAGAAGAAGAGCAAGACCCAAGAGAAUGAUGCUGCCGAUGCAAACCAGGUGGAGUCUGGGAAUGCCAUGACAGAAGUUAAGGAGACACUUGAACAGAAAGUUGAAGUACAGCCAUCGAAAGCAAGGACCUUCUCCAAUGGAUUGGUUAUUGAGGAGCUAUCAAUGGGCAAACCAGAUGGCAAAAGAGCUUCCCCUGGAAAUAGAGUCUCUGUCUGCUACAUUGGCCGACUAAAGAAGAAUGGACAGAUAUUUGACUCUAAUAUUGGCCAAAGACCUUUUAAGUUUCGUCUAGGUAUAGGUCAGGUCAUAAAGGGCUGGGAUGUUGGUGUUGCUGGUAUGCGCAUUGGUGACAAAAGAAGACUAACCAUCCCACCAUCUAUGGGUUAUGGUUCUAAAGGAGCAGGCAAAAUACCAGCAAAUGCAUGGCUUGUAUUCGAUGUGGAGUUGGUUGAUGUCCUGUAAGCAUUCUGUUCAUUUUUUUGCAAAAUAGGAUUUCUUCCCUAAUUUGUGUUAUGUUUUGUUAUGUUCCGGCUUUGAUUUUGAAACUGUUGUGACGAGUGGUGUGAGUCUCAAAUGAUCUUUUCUUAGUCUCCAACAGAAUAGCUGGAGAAUUUUGGUCCCUUUGGAUGUGAUACCCAAAAUAGUUUGCCAAUCUGUUAAAUAGAGAAAUGUUCUACUGCUUGCAUUGCACCAUUA